AUGGAGCGGCGUGGGGGCUCCAACCUCUGCCGCUGGCUGGCCAUGCUCGCCCUCCUGCCCGCGCUAAGCCUGGCGCAGUACGAGAGCUGGCGCCACUACCCCGAGUACUUCCAGGAGCCUGCCCCCGAGUACCACCGGCCUCAGGUGCCCUCCGACGUGGCCAAGAUCCAGCUGCGCCUGGCGGGCCAGAAGCGGAAGCACAGCGAAGGCCGGGUGGAGGUGUACUACGACGGCCAGUGGGGCACCGUGUGCGAUGAUGACUUCACCAUCCACGCCGCGCACGUCGUCUGCCGGGAGCUGGGCUACGUGGAGGCCAAGUCCUGGACGGCCAGUUCCUCCUACGGCAAAGGGGAAGGGCCCAUCUGGUUGGACAAUGUCUACUGCACCGGUGGGGAGGCCACCCUUGCAGCCUGCUCCUCCAACGGCUGGGGGGUCACCGACUGCAAACACUCAGAAGAUGUGGGCGUGGUGUGCAGCGAGAAGAGGAUUCCUGGGUUCAAGUUUGACAAUUCACUGGUCAACAACAUAGAGGCAAGUCAUAACAUGAACAUCCAAGUGGAGGACAUCCGGAUCCGAGCCAUCCUCUCCGCCUUCCGCAAGCGCACCCCGGUGACAGAGGGCUACGUGGAGGUAAAAGAGGGCAAGACGUGGAAGCAGAUCUGUGACAAGCACUGGACGGCUAAGAACUCCCGCGUGGUCUGCGGCAUGUUCGGCUUCCCUGGGGAGAAAACCUACAACACCAAAGUGUACAAAAUGUUUGCUGCCCGCAAGAAGCAGCGCUACUGGCCAUACUCCAUGGACUGCACAGGCACGGAGGCCCACAUCUCCAGCUGCAAGUUGGGCCCUCAGGUGUCGCUGGACCCCGUCAAGAAUGUCACCUGUGAGAAUGGGCUUCCGGCUGUGGUGAGCUGUGUGCCCGGCCAGGUCUUCAGUCCUGAUGGACCGUCAAGAUUCCGGAAAGCCUACAAGCCAGAGCAACCCCUGGUGCGGUUGAGAGGUGGCGCCAACGUCGGGGAGGGCCGCGUGGAGGUGCUCAAGAAUGGAGAAUGGGGUACCGUCUGCGACGACAAGUGGGACCUGGUGUCUGCCAGCGUGGUCUGCAGAGAGCUGGGCUUCGGGAGUGCCAGAGAGGCCAUCACGGGCUCCCGGUUGGGGCAAGGGAUAGGACCCAUCCACCUCAAUGAAAUUGAGUGCACGGGGAAUGAGAAGUCCAUUAUAGACUGCAAGUUCAAUGCUGAGUCUCAGGGCUGCAAUCAUGAGGAAGAUGCUGCUGUGAGAUGUAACAUCCCCGCCAUGGGCUUCCAGAAAAAGCUGCGCUUGAACGGGGGCCGAAACCCCUACGAGGGCCGAGUGGAGGUGCUGGUGGAGAGGAACGGGUCCCUCGUGUGGGGCAUGGUGUGCGGCGAGAACUGGGGCAUUGUGGAGGCCAUGGUCGUCUGCCGGCAGCUAGGCCUGGGGUUUGCCAGCAAUGCCUUCCAGGAGACCUGGUACUGGCAUGGAAAUAUCAACGCCAACAAGGUGGUCAUGAGCGGUGUGAAGUGCUCGGGAACGGAGCUGUCCCUGGCGCACUGCCAGCACGACGGGGAGGACGUGGCCUGCCCCGAGGGAGGGGUGCGGUACGGGGCUGGAGUCGCCUGCUCAGAAACCGCCCCUGACCUGGUCCUCAACGCGGAGAUUGUGCAGCAGAGCACCUACCUGGAGGACCGGCCCAUGUUCAUGCUGCAGUGCGCCAUGGAGGAGAACUGCCUCUCGGCCUCGGCCGCCCAGACCAACCCCACCACGGGCUACCGGCGGCUCCUGCGCUUCUCCUCCCAGAUCCACAACAAUGGCCAGUCCGACUUCCGACCCAAGAACGGGCGCCAUGCCUGGAUCUGGCAUGACUGCCACAGGCAUUACCACAGCAUGGAGGUGUUCACCCACUACGACCUGCUGAACCUCAAUGGCACCAAGGUGGCAGAGGGCCACAAAGCUAGCUUCUGCUUGGAGGACACAGAGUGUGAAGGAGACAUCCAGAAGAGUUACGAGUGUGCCAACUUUGGUGAGCAGGGCAUCACCAUGGGCUGCUGGGACAUGUACCGUCAUGACAUCGAUUGCCAGUGGGUUGACAUCACCGACGUGCCUCCUGGAGACUACCUGUUCCAGGUGGUCAUCAAUCCCAACUACGAGGUGGCGGAGUCUGACUACACCAACAACGUCAUGAAGUGCAGGACCCGGUAUGAUGGCCACCGCAUCUGGAUGUACAACUGCCAUAUAGGUGGUUCCUUCAGUGAAGAGACAGAAAAAAAGUUUGAGCACUUCAGUGGACUCAUAAAUAACCAGGUCUCCAGGCGGUAA